CUAGAACAUAUUUUUUCAUCAUCGUCGUGCUAGAAUGCGGACCGCAAUAAUCUUUCCGUAUUUUGGAAUUGGAAGCCUUUUUUCAAUUCCAAUUUUUACAACCAUUACUGCUUUUUUUCUUGUGCACUGAAUCCAAGUCCAAGAAAGACCAACGCGAAUUAAAUAAAAAUAAGAAUAAGAAUGGUUUCUUCAUUGACGAAGAAGGAGCUAGGCAGGAUUGUAGAUGGCUUAUCCCUAAUCAGCAAGGAGGUUGUGAAACGUUCUCGAUCUCAAAAUGGAGAUUUGCAAUCCCUAAUUACUUCCUCCUUGAAGAAAGCAAUCCUCGUCGUCACUGAUCUCUCUGGACUCACCACCGGCGAGGUCCGCGAGUUCUCCACUCCUCCUCCUCCUCCCUCACCUCCUACUAGUAGUAGUAGUAACAAUUCUAAAGCAACAACCAGUGUUGUAUACUUCGAGGCGGCGGUUGAGGAGAACCAACCUCAAACACCAUCACCUCUUCAACCAUCGCCAUCGCCAUUGCCAUCAAAUGUUGGUGGUAAGGAAGUUCCCUUUCCCGAGAUACCACCGCCAUUGCCAUCGAAUGUUGGUUGUGAUGUCAAAGACGGUUUGCUCGCUUCCGAGGCCAAUGUUGCCCUUGACAAAGAAGAGCCUGCUCCUGCUCCUCCUCCUCCUAAGAUACAAAAGAGGAGGCCGAGGGAGAGGAGAGUUCCUUCUACGCCAUUUUCUAGAGCUCUUGGGGGAGGAGGUGACUAACAUUGAUUUUUGAGCACUCUAGAGAGUACUACUGUAGAGUUGGAUCCCUUCCAUCCUCUUACUUGGGCAUGCCUUUGAGUUUCUUAUUCAAAAUGUAGUCCUUGUGGGAUCCAGUAAUUGAGACAUUUCAGAGAAGACUGGCAGGGUGAAAGAGGCAAUACCUAUCUAAUGAAGAGUACUUUAUCUAGGUUGCCUACAUAUUUUAUGUUUUUGUUUGUCAUUACUUUGUUGCCGAGAGAUUGGAAGCUGCAUAUAGAUUUUUGUAGGGAGGAAUAGGAGAGGAUUCAAGUAACCAUUUGGUUGACAGGGACUCAG